GUCGUCUUCCCUGGCAGCAGCUGCGCUGCGCAGGCCCUCUCUGUUCGGCUUCUCGCCCCGUCCCCAACCGGCGCAGAAACCCAGAGAACUUUCUCGAACUUUCUCGAAGCAAGCCUCAGCUCUUCCUUCCUCCUCCUCCCCGUUGGCUCUUCCCCAAACCCCUGCACCGCCACCUCCUCAUGGACCAUCCAUGGCGCUUCCCAGCCGGCGACCUCUGCCCCGUCUGCGCCGCGCCCCACUUCCCCUUCUGCCCCCCUCCUCCUCCUCUCCCGCCCCACCCCUUCCCCUACGACCUCCACCCGCCGCCCCCUCCUCCGCCGCCGCACUACCACGCCCCUUUCCACCCGCCGCCGCCGCCGCCGAUGUGGGCUCCUCCGGGGCCGCACCCCUACGAUCUCCUCGAUAUGGAAGGCCCCCACAAGCGGAUGCGCGUGGGCGACGCGCCCCCGUUCGAUCCGUACGCCGCUCCCAAUCCGCCGAUGCCGGGCAGGGCUUCCGUGGAGGGCGGCCGGCUGCUCGGCCUGAUCCGGGAGCAUGGCCAUGGCCGCCCUCAGCUGCCGCCCACGCAGUGGCAUGGCGAGCCGUACCCACCCGAUGGUUUCGGUUACGGAGGGGACAGAGGCCAUCCUCCUCCUCCUCCUCCUCAAAACUAUAACAACCCUUACGCGCAGGGAGGGAACUUCGCCGACUACGAUCUCGUCAGAAGGAUGCCACCUCCUCCGCCCAUGCCGUUCGAUAGGCACAGCGCCUUCGAUUCAGGUUUUGCGCCUGUAGGAGGAUCUCAGGAGAGCUAUUUCGACCGCCGUCAGUUUCACCCGGAUGCACCGCCCGGUGCUCCACCACUUCCUUCGGUGCCUCAACAUGCUGAAGCAGGGAACCAUUACGAUUCCCGCGAGUGGCGUUCUCAUGCCGGUGGUGUUGUGCCGCCGCCACCACCGGACCCCCCUGUGCCUUCUCCCCCAGAUUACCAUGCCAUGCCACCUCCGCGGGCAGCAGAUUCGUCGCUGUUUCCUGUCCUUUCCAGUUCUGCAGCUACUACCUCACAUCCUCCUAGUGAUCACACUUUAAAACAUCAAUCCCACGCAAUGUCGAACACAAAUAGUUACAAUGGACCCAACCACAACGAGGGCUUAGGUUUGAUAUAUCAACCACACCCGGAGCAGCAUUUGGGGGAUGGAAGACUAGCACAAGAGAAACAUUCUUUUAACGAUGUAAAAGUCAAUAUCGUUAAUGCAUGUGACUUGUUCAGGCUGCCCCUUCGGGCUUCACGCCCUGAUCAUAUUGUUAUCAUCAUGCGAGGGCUUCCAGGUAGUGGAAAGAGCUACCUUGCCAAGGCAUUGCGUGAUCUUGAAGUUGAGAGUGGUGGAAGUGCACCCAGAAUUCACUCGAUGGAUGACUAUUUCAUGAUUGAGGUUGAGAAGGUUGAAGGCGCUGAAGGGUCUAAAUCUUCUACUGCAUCCAAAGGACGGAAACAUUUGACCAAGAAAGUAAUUGAAUAUUGUUAUGAACCUGAGAUGGAGGAGACAUACAGAUCAAGCAUGUUGAAUGCGUUUAGGAAGACCCUUGAUGAAGGGAAUUUCACAUUUGUGAUCGUGGAUGACCGCAAUCUGCGGGUAGCCGAUUUUGCUCAAUUUUGGGCAAGCGCGAAGAGAUCUGGCUAUGAGGUGUACUUGCUGGAGGCACCAUAUAAGGAUCCAACAGGAUGUGCUGCUAGGAAUGUUCAUGGGUUUACAUUGGAUAAUAUCAAAAAGAUGGCAGCUGACUGGGAGGAGGCUCCACCACUAUAUCUGCGACUAGACACCCACUCUCUAUUCCAUGAUGACAAUCUUCGUGAACAUUCUAUACAAGAGGUUGAUAUGGACACAGAAGAUAGCGAUAAUGCCAAUGACACAUCAGUUAGCACUGAGGCUGAAGACUCAAAGAAGGCUAUACCUGAUGAUGUACCUGAUCGAGGGGACAAGUGGGACUCAUCUGAUGAAGAAGACCUAGAUGACAUUAAGGAGCUAGGACAGAGUAAAUGGUCAAAAGAUUUUGACGAGGAUACAGCGAAGUCCAAGCAUGCAGAUGGAAGUACACAUGCUCUUUCUGGGCUGGCCCAGACAUAUGGCACUCGUCGAAAAACACUUACUUGGGGUGAUCAGCUUGAAAAGGGUGGAUUUUCUAUCGGUGCAGCCAAAAGAAGACUCUCUUCAUCCUUAAUCAUAGGACCUGGAUCAGGGUACAAUUUGGUUACCAACCCUUUGCCUGAAGAUAAUUCCGCAGGGGUGAAAGAUAAAGUGAACAAUGAAACAAAACGACGAUUCAGUGAGCAACUUCGUGAUGAAGGUCAAUCCUUCAAGGCAGUUUUCGACAAGCGAAAACAGCGCAUUGGGGUUUUCGACAACGGGAAUGAUGAGUAAUCCGUGACAGAGAAAGCCUCUGGUGGCAACCUGAAGACUUAUGUGCCUUUGGGUACUCAAAUAUGGCUCGGGGGCAAGCACAUGCAGCUCGGAAUCACUGGUUGCAAUAUCGCAGUUUGAAGAUUCUUGGUACUGCCUGCUAAGUGCUAAUCAGUCCCUGCGAGUCAAGAUUGAAGUGAGCACUAGUUUCUGCUAGUGCUGUUUGUGUUGGUGCUCCCAUUUCGUCCCACAGAAAGAACUUGCCAGAAGUGGUUCCCUCUUCGAGUUGUAUCGUAAGCUCUUUGCUGUGUUCCUCUCAGCAAUGUGAAGUUUCUUCAUGGACUUGCUAUUUCUGUGUUUAAAGGAAAGGAAAUAUUUUUUGUAAUGGCAAUAACUUUUUUUUUGUGACAGCAAACGUUA